GCAACAUUGGGGCCCUGGUAUUUGGUCAGGGGUCACUGUACAAUUCAGAAUCUGCAUUAUCUGAGGAUGCUUGCAUAGUAGUCUCACAAACUGUAACAUUCUCGUUUUUUUGGAAGAACAUUUUAAUCAUUUUUCCGUAGACAUUUCUGCUUGAACUUUGAACCUCUCUCGGAGCUAAAGUAUUGUCCCGGUGGUCACGGAUCUAGCAAUUUAGAAUUCACACUAUCUAAGGAUGUUUGCAAAGUAAUAAUACAAAUUGUAGCAUGAAGGUUCUUGAGAAAGAAAUAUUUUCCCUAUAUAUUUCUAUAUUAAAAUGUGAACCCUUCUUGGGCCCCAGUUUUGGUCUCGGUUUAUCAAUUUAGAAUGUUACCUUCUAAGGAUACUUGCACAGUAAUAUUACACAAAUUGCAACCCUGUAUUUUUUUAGAAGUAGUCAUUUCAACAUUUUCCCAAUACACUACUUUGUUAAACUUUUAAUCCCUCUUGUUGCCUAAGAAUUAUUAUGAGUGUUAUUGCUUUAAAAAUGUAGAAACCUCACUUUAUAUAUAAGCUUAGGUAUAAGCAUUUUCGGUACCGUUGUUCGAUUUUCAUAGACACUUUAUUUCUUAAUGACCAUCAGAACAUUCAGUACUUUGAUUUUAAUCAAUAUCGUACUUUUCUCUAUGAAACUUGUUUCUGUUGUCUAUAAUUCUUUCUCUAAUAAAACACGCCUUGGAUUAAGAUACACAUAUAGUAACAGACCAACAUUGCUUACAAAACUAUUUGUCAUUAUAUCUUGUGUUUGAAUCGGGCUCGAAGUUCAAAAUUGUUUUUAUUUUUAUUUUUCGUAAACACUAAAGUGAAAAUAGACAUACGUUUUGGGUUGUGCGAUUAGUCGAAGAAAAAAAAUAAAUUAUGGCCAGACCGAAACCUCAAGGUAUAUUUGACCUUCAUCAACUCGCUACCAAAGGUUAUAUUGACGAGGAGGACCUUGAAAAAUCCUGUAAAAAUCCGUACACACCACUCCAUAAAGCAGUGUUAAACGGAGACGUUAAAGAAUGUGCAGCACUGGCCUCGAAUGUCGAGUUCCUUAGUUCCGGAGAUUUACGUGGGGAUUCCCCGCUCCAUUUAGCCGUCCGCUGGAUAAAUUCUAAAGGCGUAGAACUAAUGAAUGUGUUAACGUCAUGUGGUGCUGAUGUUAAUAUAAAAAACAAAUGGGGUCAGACUCCGCUUCAUUAUGCUGUGUAUCUGGAAUCCCCAAACAACGUAGCGUUUCUUCUUAAUCAACAAAACAUUGAUGUGAAUACAGCGGACAUCAAUGGGUUCACACCGUUACACUGUUGCUUUCCAUUUAGCACCGAGUCCAACAUAGACGAUCCGUAUGCUCUCAAAGAACAAUCUACAACUGUGGAUAUUGUAUAUAAGUUAAUUUUAGCAGGAGCGGACAUAAAAGCGCAGACUAAGUAUGGAGAUAGCAUAUUACACCUUAUAGCAAAUCGAGAUGACAAUACGCCUCUCCUAAAACAUAUCUUUGAUAACUACGUUACAUAUAAUCUUGAUUUGCAUUUGCAAAAUUUGAAAGGCGAGAAUUUCCUUCAUGUGUACAUGAUUAAUGAGGUCUUCGAAAAUGUUCUUGAAAUCAUUGACUUCAUUGAUCUCAAUUUUAUUAAAAAUACCGUCAAAGCUUUGCUAAACAGUACAGAUGUACGCGGACGUGCACCGUGGGCCUACAUGAUUGACACCUUUAACACAGACGAGGAUUCACUUGCCCGGCUUUAUAGUCUUCAUGCUGACUUGGGGAUCUCCGAUAAUUUAGGGAACACAGCAGUACACAGAUUAGCAGGUGUAUCCACUAUAUAUAACGACAUUUUGGAAUUUCUGUUGUUUGCAAAUGUUGAUGUAAAUGCCAAAAAUGUCUACGACGAGUCGGCAGCCUCUGUGUUUUUUCUUGAGCACGUGUUUGAUAGUCUAUUUAGAUAUGGCAUCGAGUUAAAUACUCAGGAUCGCUGGGGUAGAACCCCGCUGAUGUCUUUAUUGAAACAUAGACCAAUACCUGAACUCAUAAGGAAAAUUAUAACUAUAGGAAAAGUAGAUGUGAAUGCACGUGAUGCUAAUGGUACCACACCACUACACCUCGCAGCUUAUCACAACUUUGAAGAACAAGUUGAACUUUUGUUAGAGUUUCAGGCUGAUGCAUUUGCUGUAGAUAGUCUAGGAGACAAACCUAUUGAUACUGCUAGGAGACACUGCAGUUAUCGAUGUUUUAAACAAUUAGCAUAUACUGAAAAAAUGGAAGUGCUUUACACACGUAUACAAUCUUUUGAAGACCUUCUUCUUGAUAUGCCGACAUCCAUUUGUAGCUCUGAGAUCAAAACAAAAGAAAAUAUAAAAAGUGUGCUGCAACUCCCUAGCAUACGUAGUGACUUUUAUGAAUUCCUGCUGAACAGAUUUUACAAAAGCAGUCCUGAAAACACCAAAGAAAUAAUGGAAAUAUCUGAAGAGGUAUUGAAAACAGUGCAAACCCUUUGUUCAGUUAUUGAAACGUACGAUAAAAGAUUCAAGAUGUCCGUUUUUCGAACAGGGUCGUCAGUAGAAGGCACCAAAGUUGGUCCUCCAGAUGAAUUUGAUUUUGCAUUAUGCAUUGAGGAGCUAAAGAAAAUAACGGACAUUAUUCUGACUAAGGAAUGCGCUGAAAAAGGAUUUGCUUGCCUAAAAUUCUUACAAAAGCCUGUACCAGAUGAAUACCAAGAGUUUGCAGACAACGAAGAAUACUUUCUUGCGUUUCCAUUCCUGAAACUAUUUGAAGGUUAUUUGAAACGCGCUUUGAAUGAAAGAAAAGUUUGGUCUAAUGGUAACCUCUACUUCCAUUAUGAGGACAAGAUGCAUGUCAUUCGUGGAAAGCCCGUUUUUAAUUUCAGUGUUUACUGGAUUGGUACAGUAUACAAACAACUUAAAAUCAGCAUUGACUUGGUUCCUGUCGUAUACAAUCCUGGAUGGUGGCCCGCAAAUGUGAACUUUCCAGACUUUCCAGAAAUAGAUAAGAAGGUGAAUGAAGCAGGUUGUUUCCUCAUUCUACAAACACGAGUGAAUGAUUUUAGCAACAAGGUCCUAUGGAAAGGGGACGACAUUUUUCAAACCUGUAACACAGCUAGGGAUGAGAAGACGAGGAGAAUGCUCCGUGUAUCGGCUGCACCUGCUGAGAUUGCUUUGAUGAGAACACUCCCUGAUCCAUUUAGGUUUGCGUAUAAAUUGACCAAAAUUGUUAAAAGUAAGGUCUGUCCUCAAAUUGAGAUUGAUGUGAUUCCGUCACCGCUCUAUACAAUCCAGGAAAAAUUCAAACGCAAGAAAGCGUUGCCCAUCAACCCUUCCCACGCCAUCAAGAGCUAUAUGUUAAAGAAUUGUGCCUUCUAUCUAUGGUUAGAAAUGUACAGUUCUAUUCAGAAAGCAGAAACGACAGAUUCAUACGUAGAUCUUGCUGGGCGUAUCUAUGAAUACCUGCUAAAUCUCUCGGAUCAACGAUAUCUUAAUCCGUUUUUUCUUCCAUAUUCGGAUGUUUUCGAAUUCGAGAAAGAUGAAACAUCAUCAAGGUAUAACGAGCUCAUAAUGCGAUUAAAACGAGAAUGGAGUAUUAAAGUUUGUCUUGGAAUACUCCAGAAAGACUUUCCUGCUGAAUGUUUAUCCACGAAGUUGUUUUAAUGCUUCAGGCGCGUAUUUUGUCAAAUGAAAAAAAUGUAUGCGGGGCGGGGAAAAAAAUCUGCAGAAAUGUGGUACAAAUGAAUUUUAACGAUAUAACUUAUUUUUUAGUUACAUACAAAUCUGACAAAGUAGUUUGGAAAUAACGCCAAAUACGUAAAACGGAACAAAUGAGAUAGAUAAAAUGAAUAUGUUAACAGUAUGCCAGUAAAACUAAUGGAUUGUACAAAGUAUCGUUUGUGUCAACAAAAAAUUGUGUAGAUAAAAUGGCUCUAUAUGCAUUCUCUCCUUUGAAAAUGGGAUUUUUGUUUGCCUGUAUCUAUGGCUCUAUUAUAAUGAGAUAGAUUGACAAUGAUCGGUAAAAAAUGUAUGGAGCUUUCACCGCCUACACUAGAGUUGGAGAACAUUCAUAACCAGUACAUGUUUCAAAUUCUAAAUUGUUCAUUUCUUUUCUAUUUAUUAAUUAACAGUAACAUGUGCAGAAAUAGUCAAAUUUGAAUAGUAUACCUUAGAUAUAUGCAAAGAGAGAUAAGAUCAUAAGCCAUUUAAUAUUUGCUCCCCUUAAACCUGACUUUUGAAUGAAAUGUUUCUUUACAUUCUUUAUAUGAAACAAUAAAUCAUGCAGAUUUUAACAUUUCAAUGCUUUAUCUUUUAUUUCUUUUCUGGUUGACCUUUAUAUAAUUAAUUUUAUUUGACCCAAAAGAAAAUAAGUCUCUACCCCUACGGCUUUAAAAAAAUGAAGCCAGUGUAACUUGACCAGCACCGGUGUUAUGUAGUCAUAUUUCCUAGUACGCGUUUUAAUCCUAGCGACUGUGUUUUGAAUCCUUUGAAGUCUUGACAAGGAACUGGUACAUACACCGUGUAGUAAGGCAUUGCCGUAGUCCAAACGAGAGGUCACAGGUGAGCAUACAAGGGUUUAACUAGCGCUUUCUGAUAUUAAGGGUCGAAUGCGACCAAUGUGCCAUAGUUGGUGGUCACAUGAUUUUGCGAUGUUUCGAACCUGAACAUGAAUGGCCAAUAAAUCGUGAAGGUAUUGUUGAGAACAGCAGUUUGCCAGAUGUUAUUGGAUAAAUCCACAUUUCAACAAGAGUUCCUAGUUACAAAAAAAGAAACUGCAAGCUGGGUGACAU